AUCGAUGUCUAUAAUAACAUGAAAAAAAAAAACACUACGGAUGCAUUUAUAAAAUGUUCGAAGCAGCUGGUUUAAUCUUCGGUUUAAUUUUAGAUUCAAAAAAGUUUCCUAUCCGCUGUAAGUCUGUGAAUUACGAAACAGAGAUCAUUCUAAAUUUUCAAAGUAAUAAACGUUCAUAUUUGAAAACGUUGUGAGGUAAACAUCCAAAGUUAUUUUUUUUACGAAACUUUGUAAUAGGUACAUAAUAAUAAUCCAUACCAAAAAUGAAAAAGUGUGUUUAUUUGUCCGUCUUUCUUGCCAAAACGGAGUAGCGGAUUGAGGUGAUUUUUGGUACGGAGAUAGUUGGAGAGCUGCAUAGAGAGAGAGAGUGGCAAAGGCCACUUUUCCCACUUUUCCUAAUCAAUGAAAUCUAAAGCGAGUUUAAGUAUGCUAAGAAGCAUUGGUAGUGUAAUGGUUAAUUAAGACGCCCGCCUGUGGAUCGAAAGGUCCCAGGUUCGAAUCCUACUCGUGCCACAUGAGAUUGUAUACCAGUCUGACUCAUGUAUAGUAGUUUUCAUCGUCCACCACUUGCUUCCGGUGAAGGAAAACAUCGUGAGGAAACCUGAACUCUAGUUUAAUAUCAGUAUAUUUUUAAAAUACCAUAAUAAAUACUUAUGUUUUCUAAAGACCAAUUUCAACAAUCUUAUGUGUAACGUUUUCAUAAAUGUUAAACUGUAUCAAUGAUGUAUACGUUUGUAUACGAAUGGAACAAAAUAAGUGUGACGCUGCCCGCCCCCGCCUUGGGGAUUUGGGCGGUGAAAAGCUCUGCCCAGCAGUCCGUAGUCCGUGACCGUCGCGAAAGCUCGCUUUGAAAGUUCAUAAAACUUCCGUAAAAACAAAAUGCCUGCAAGAAACAAAGAACAAGAGCAGGAGGUCCUAACCUGGAUCUCUCAAGUUCUCGGAGAGCCUCUUCCUGGUGGGGAAUACGAAGACAUCCUCAAAAACGGCGUAGUAUUGUGCAAACUGAUCAACAAACUCGCACCUGGCUCCGUUAAAAAGAUCCAGGAGAAGGGAACCAACUUUCAGCUCAUGGAAAAUAUCCAGAGGUUCCAAGCUGCUAUCAAGAAGUACGGCGUUCCAGAGGAGGAAAUCUUCCAAACAGCUGAUCUUUUUGAGAGGCGUAACAUCCCUCAAGUUACUCUGUGCCUCUACUCGUUAGGCAGGAUUACCCAAAAGCAUCCUGAAUAUAACGGACCCCAACUGGGCCCCAAAAUGGCUGACAAAAACGAGCGAACAUUCACUGAAGAGCAACUGAGAGCCCACAAUGCUGAACUCAACCUGCAGAUGGGUUACAACAAGGGUGCCUCUCAAUCUGGACAUGGAGGCUUCGGAAAUACUCGUCAUAUGUAAACUAGGAUAGAUAAUGUUUUGAAAAUUGGUCAUUAGGUGAUUGGAACCACUAGAUAUUCGGUUCGCGGUCCCAGUCGCCCAAGCACUGUAAUCUGGAUCUAUUGCGACAGCAGUAGUGUCCGAUUGGACUAAAGUAUUAUUUGUAAAUGGGUACAUGGACCAAUAAAAUGGAAGAAAUAAUAUGUAUAUGCGAUGUGUAAUACACGUCUUCUUUCGAAACAAUUCAGUCCCGAUCAAGCAAUUUCAAAAAGUUUUUCGGUGACUGAGAUCUCUGUAUGUUUCUACUCUCUAUCUAUGACCCCGUUUCGAUAUCGUACUUGGGCAAACGGAGCCGCGAUCCCAAACGCCUAACGACCCUUGAAAUGAAUUAAGCCAGUAUUCUUUGCAAGGACCUUGAUUAACAUUUGUUUGGACAGUAUAUCUCUAUUUCAUCUGAGGAGAAUGGUUAUGUACCGUUCAAAAAUUUUAUUCUGUUUUUUAGUAUUAGUUGUUAUGCGAACAACAAAAAUAUAAUAUUUGUGAACAACUGUUUAUCUCAAUAAUAGGAUUCCAUUUUACCAUGGGUACGGUACCCUAAAAAAACAAGAUACAAGAAAUUAUUUCAAUUGAAGGCGAGAAAGAAAUUUUUGAGCGUUGCUAAAUAGUAAAGAACUAAUUAGGUAUAGACUAAUUAGGUAUAGUAAAGAUCAAAUUCGAAUUUACAGACCAAGUGGUAAACAUGUUUAUAAAGGUCCUUGUAUUUGUAAAAAUAUUUCUAUUACAGUUGUUUGUUUGUCUAUGCAGCUUAAUAACGUUAAUGAUGGUGUGAUAGAUCGUAUGUUAUCUAAUUAGUAUUAAUUUAUAUAACAAUUGCUAUUUUCGUUAAGACUUUUUUACGUGUACCUAAUUGUAAAUAUUUAACAUAAUUUAAUAAACAACUUUUUAAGGAA